GUAAUGGUCUGGAGCCAGUGAAUGCUCAGGAGCAACAGAGCGGAGUUUAUGCAGUCCUGCUGGUGUCUCCCCUGUGGACCUCGCAGGAAAUGAAAUGGUGGAUUUUUUGUUUUAAAGUUUCAAGAAUGAAACAAACAAGAGCCAUCUGAUGUUAGCCCUCUUUUGAAUGAGUCCACUGCUCAAAGCAACCAGUAAGCAAGAUGAAGGUGAAAUGGACCAUGCUGGGCAUGGUUGUCUUCUUCCUGCUUUCUGUGGUCAUGACCUGCUGCUUCAUAUGGCAGUACAGGAUGCCAAAGUUGAACACAGAGGUGGUUGGAGAACAAGCCAAAGAAGAAGAGAUGUGCCCUCUCUUCCCAGAGCCUGUGCCCCUCAAACACCCCAUCCCAUUGCUGAGGGAGGCCUUAGAAAAGAUAGAUCUACUCCUGAGAUCGAGUGUUCACCCCAUCAAGCUACCGGCGAUCUCAGCCAUUGUGGUUUUAAAUGACUCUGUUCUGUGGAAUGGAAACUUUGGUCAGAAGAACGGAAGUGAUCCCUCCUCUCCUGCACCCAAUGAGUUCACCGUGUACAGAAUAGCGAGCCUCUCUAAGAUCUUCCCCACACUGAUGCUGUACAAGCUGUGGGAGGACGGCCUGGUGGACUCUCUGGACGACCCUGUGGAGAAGUAUGCCCAAAACUUCAGCAUCAAGGACCCUCUAUGGAGAAGUGGGGGGCCAGAGUCAUCAUCAGUUAGGACCCUUGGCAUCAACUCUCCUGCACUCACCCUACGCAGGAUGGCCAGUCAGCUCUCUGGGUUACCCAGAAGAUUAAGGUCAACUAAUCUUCUUUGGAGUGGAGACACAGAAGAAGCUCUUAGUUUGUUACAUGAUGAUGUCCUCGUGGCAGAUCCAGGCACCAAAUGCCACUACAGCAACGUUGCUUUUUCCUUCCUGGCCAACAUCUUGGCCCAGGUCACGGGCUCAAACUUUGAGAGAUGGGUGUCAGACAACGUUCUCGAGCGGCUCGGCAUGGAGGACACUGGAUUCAACUUAAGUCCAGCGGUUCAGAGGCGGAUGGCUGUGGGGGUGUACAGCAACGGCCAACCAGCUCCCCUCUUCAACCUGGGCUGGUACCGACCUGCGGGCCAGAUGUAUUCCACAACUGCUGACAUGGCCAAGCUUAUGAUGGCCCUUCUGGGUGCGACCAGUGGGACUCUGCUCCGCCAGGACACCCUGAACACCAUGCUGACCCCGGUGCUACGAUGCCACAGCGGCUACUUCGCCAACUCUACUGGCACCCCGUGGGAGAUCAACGAGCAGCGAGGCUAUGAUGUGGUGAGGAAAGACGGGGACCUGGACGGUUAUGCAGCCACCCUCUCCCUGGUGCCACGCCUCAAGCUGGGAAUGGUGGUUCUGAUGUCCGGCGUUCGGCCUGAAGGGCAGGACAUUCUGAGCCAGGCCUACAGCCAGCUCAUUCCUGCGGUCGAAAGGGCUUUCAGGGACGCUCCAAAAACGUUAAGACCACCGCCUAACCCAGCUCCAUAUGUGGGCUUCUUCACUUACAGGAAUAUGACUUUCUAUGAGAUAAAGGUGGACUCAGACGGGGUGCUGGUCAUGCAGCAAUUUGGACCACAGGUUGACACAUCUGUGCCGUCCAAAUACAGAACUAUCCGUCUGGAUUACCUGCAGUACAGGGUCUUCAGGGUGGUGUUCGAGAGCCCGUACCCGUGCAAGCUGAAGGUGAACAGCGCCUCUGUCUCGCUGGAGGCUCAGGACAGACAGCUCUUCAACUUUUACCUUUUCAACAAGAAAGGUGUGUCGCCAGGGUUUGAUUCCCCGGGACUUAACACUUACAGGGUGACCAGGAUCGCUGGCAGACCAUACUUCACUACAUGAAGACAGGAGUUCAAGUGUAGCCAGCUGGACACUGUAACAGGGAACAAAUGCAAGGUGAUACUUGCUGUUGGAUCCGUGGUCAUGUGUCGCCAAGGUUAAUGUGAUUAAUCUGGACUAGUAUGUAAAUAUUAUUUAUUUAGCUAUUCCUCUGCUUAUAAUACUAAUUCUAUUAUGAGUUUUGUCCAAUUCUCCAGGAACUAGCACAAACAAAGAGCAACUGACCACAGCACUUCAAACCUGUUGGACGAUGUGGCGAUAUUCCUUUCAACCUUUUAGUGCCUAAUGUGUGACCUUGAAAGAGGUUCAACACAACUGAGGGAAAUGUCUUGGACUUGAUUUACAUCUUGAAAUGAUUUAAAAAAUGUUAAAACUCCCGGAAGGCAUGUGAACAUUCUAUGAGCAAUAAAGAGUUGCAAGAUUAUAUGCUCAAUUAACUAAAACUGUAAUGACUGUUUAUUAAGUGUUCAUGUUGUUAAAUGUUCACUUAUCAUCAUCAAUUAACAUGAUUCAAAUUAUUUCAGUCAAGGAAACUAGGAGAAUAUCAAACAUACCCUUCAUAAGAAGAAGGACAAUACUAAAUGCUGUCCGGCAGCAACUCCCUGCAGACAUACAGUGAGGCACUGACGAACACACCUCAUGCAUUCACAGCCAUACAAAUAAAGAUAAUUAUAAAGGUUAAGAAUCUUUCACAAAGCCAUAGCUCUGUAUUUCCUGCACAGACAAAAAAACGACUGAAGAGAAGUUCCCUGAAUUUUACAAAACUGUACGUUAUUAGAAAUAGGCUUAAAAUAGGCAUAUGUCUCAUCAAUGGAAACAUUAAAAUGAUAGGCAAUGAAUAACUAAUGACAUCAUUUGUAUGACUUUGUCCACCAAAAUGACAGAUUAGGAUUAUUUAAAAAACAUUCCUUGCUACGUCUUGCAGGAUGUAAAUAAUUUGGAUCGUACAGUUGGAGUUGAGUAUUAUAGUCUUCAGAUGCGAUUAGAAAGAUUGUGGCUCAACACCCUGCUGCCACCCUGUACAAUGUCAGGAUAGAUAUUUUUACUUUAAUAACCUUUGAGACUCCGUUCAAUGCGGUGGCUGAGGAGGGAGCACAAGACUUCCUGUUGAAGUGGAUUUUAGCGGGCUGGCCUCCUGCCUGGAUCUGUUGACUUCUUUUCCUCGAUAUCAAUGCUUCCACCACCAGCUGGGUUAGUUUUUGUUUUCAUUAUCUCCUACCUGUAAUAUAUAUUAAUUUUGUGGUACAGGGCAGCAGUGUGGCAUUUAUUGGACCAUAAACAGUUGAUAAAUACACUGAGGGAGCACUGUGUGUACAGCAGGGCUGAGACACACUCACAGGAACCAGAAGAAGUUGAGUCCACAGUAGAUGACAGCAGGCGGUAAGAUGAAGAGCAGCCUCUGGUUCCUCCUCAUGGUUCUGUGUCAGCCGUCCAGCGCUGUUACGGUCAUGGUGAGAAGCUCAAACCUCAGUCAGAAGAUCCUCUCUGUCUUUGAUUUUUAACUCUGUCCAUCCUUUUUUCACUAGUUGUUUAAUGAGACAUGAUCGAUGAGCACUCAUUCAUGGAAAAAGUAGAAGUACUCAGAUGUUGUACUUAAGGAAAAGUACCAGAGUGUAGGAAUAAUCUGUUACAUUAAAAGUCCUGCAUUCUAAAUGUUCCUCCAGUAAAAGUAGAAAGUACUCUCAUCUAAAUGUACUUAAAGUAGCGACAGUAAAAAUAGUCAUUGUUUGAUUGGUCCAUUUCAGAAUAAUAUCUCUGAUAUGUUUUAUAAUUAUUGAUCAUUAAAGUGUUCUCAAAGCUGGUAAAGGUGGAACUUAUUACCGCAGCAUCCGGACCAAGACCACCAGAUUCAGAGACAGUUUUAUACCACAGGCUAUAAGACUGCUGAACUCCUGAGCUCUGUGAAUGUCUACUCACAUCUGUUUAUAGUACACAUGUAUAUAUAUAUAUAUAUAUAUAUAUAUAUAUAUUAUAGACAUCUGCCAUACAUAUCUGUUUAUAGUACACAUAUCUAUAUAUUAUACAUAUCUGCCAUAUACAUCUGUUAUACGUAAUAUAUGCAUCUGUCCAUACCUCCUCAUUCAACAGUGUAAAGUAUUUAAAUACUUUCAAUGUAUUCCACAUAUGUAUAUAUUUCACAUCCUCAAAUCUUUAUUGUUAUUAUUGUAAAUAUUCUUCUCUCUUUUUGCACUAUUUUAUUUAUCUUAUUUGCACCAUGUAUGUUGAGUUGUUGGAGGAGCAUGGGAUAUAAGAUUUUCAU